UCUGGAGGUCUAUUUUUCCUCUACUGAAAUGGUUCACUGAAAAUAGUGUAAUUAGUUAGCAAAAAUGUAAUUAUCUUAUAUCGUAUCUUAAUGAUUGCACUUCUACUUCUUCAGUAUAAUUUCUGAACUGCGGUGUCCGUGUAUUUGCUUUUGCUUUUAUUUUGAAAAACGAACGUACCGGAAAAGAGUCCUCAUAGGUGCGGAUGCAAAGAUGGCGGAAGAGGAGAGCCAGUCUGAAGAAUUUGAGCAAAUAGACUUUUUAAGAGAUAGACAUGUACGAUUCUUCCAGAGAACUCUUCAGGUGUUACCCGAGAGAUACGCCUCGCUGGAAACCACCAGGUUAACGAUCAUAUUUUUCGCCCUGUCGGGCCUCGAUGUGCUGGACGCCCUGGAUGUGAUUGAUAGGAAUACCAUGAUCGAGUGGAUCUACUCACUACAGGUCCUGCCCACAGAGGACCAAGCUAACCUUAGUCGUUGUGGUUUUCGUGGAUCGUCACAUAUUGGAAUUCCUUAUAGCACUAAGGGUCCAGGUGUGCUCCAUCCGUAUGACAGUGGCCAUGUAGCCAUGACCUACACGGGGCUGUGCUCACUGCUGAUCCUCGGAGACGACCUUAGCCGCGUUAACAAACAGGCCUGUAUGGCUGGUCUCAGGGCCCUGCAGCUGGAGGACGGCAGCUUCUACGCAGUGCCAGAAGGAAGUGAAAAUGACAUACGCUUUAUCUACUGUGCUGCCAGUAUCUGUUACAUCCUGGACGACUGGUCGGGCAUGGACAUCCAAAAGGCCAUUGAAUACAUCAGAGGAAGUUUGUCGUACGACAGUGGGUUUGGCCAGGGAGCCGGGCGGGAGUCACACGGGGGCUGGACGUACUGCGCCAUAGCCUCACUGUGUCUAAUGGGCCGACUGGAAGAAGCGCUGAGUCAGCGGGAGCUGGACGGGAUCCGCCGCUGGUGCAUCAUGAGGCAGCAGAGCGGCUUCCACGGUCGCCCCAACAAACCUGUAGACACAUGCUACUCCUUCUGGGUGGGAGCUACGCUAGAGCUCUUAGAUGUGUUCCAGUAUACGAACUUUGACAAGAACCGGAGCUUCAUCCUGUCCACGCAGGACCGGUUGGUGGGAGGAUUCGCCAAGUGGCCCGACAGCCAUCCAGACCCUCUCCACGCCUACCUGGGCCUGUGUGGCCUGUCUCUGAUCGGCGAGCCCGGCCUGAGGAAGGUGCACCCGGCUCUUAACAUCACCCAGAGAGCCUUUCAGCACGCCGAGCAGCUGCAGCUGACGUGGAGGGGCAGCGCCGGCAGCUGCAGCCGACGGCACUGACGGCGGGGAGCGUCCGGGUGUCCACCGGCAGUCACUCAAGGGCAGUCUGACUUCCGCUGCGCGUCCUCGAGACGUUUGGCCGCCCAUCCGCGAGGCCUUCGAAUCUCAGCAAUCGAGAAGGUCAAGUCCCUCGUUACACACGAGUAACUUUAGGGAGCCCGAGUCCAUCUACAGUGACUUUUGUGUUGAGCAAUAUACGCCCCACUGUUUUUCUUGCUGCCUUCAUUUUUUUUUUUUGUAGUAGUAGUAAAUGAAUAACAUUGUGGUUUGGGGUGAUGAAAUGAUGUGCCAGAAAGUCAAAUUUGAGUCACUGGAGAUGCCUCAAUUUUGCAUAUAUAUAUAUAUUUUUUAAACUAAUCGUACAGCUUGCUGCUCCUCAACAUAAAAAAAAAACAAAAAAGAAUCUGCUGUAAACCUUCCAAGCCGAGGAUGAAACAACUGCUUCACACGGACGUAAGAAACCUCCACAAAGUAGUUGUUCUCCACAGAGAGCCUGACUUCCAAAUUGUGUCUUUUUUUGAAUGGUUCUGCUGUAGCUGAAAGAUCUUCAGUGGGCUGCUGCAAUUUCUCUUGAAUCAAGUAGAUGCGCGUUCACCAAGGCUCAAUGGUGUCCAGGUGUUGCCAAGAUAAUAGUGAACUAGUUUUUUUUUUUUUUGCAAACCAGCAGUGGUCAUUUUUGGGGGUGAAAUUUGAAAGGCUUUUUUUUUUUUAUAUUUAACAACCCUGCCGAUACGUUUUUUUUUCAGCAUCUGUGCCCCUUGAACAUUUCAAUCCUCACGUCGCUCGCCAACCUCUUCAAAGCCUCGAGCUCUCGGGUCCCACAGGUGAUGGUCCCACAGGUGAUGGUCCCAGUAGUUGAUCCCAGUGUAGUGGUUCCCAGUAGUUGCACCACUACAGGCUCUGCUUCUGGGUCCUAACAGGUGAACAUGAUAAUAGAUCUGUUGAAGUGGAAUUCAACAACUACCCCUACAGGCAAAUCCAUGAUGAGAGAAGAAAAUCAAAACCAGUAGAAAUAAAUGAUUUAAAAAAAAAAAAAUAGCAUUGAGGUGUUUUGAGAGGCUGAAAGAGAGAAUCGCCGGGGACUGAAGAAAUCAAUCGAUAGGCAUCAUGACUUUGGGGGGCGAAUGUAUUCUUUUGAACAGCGCCAGGAAUUGGACUUCUUGUUUUCCAAACACAACGGAUGCCUGGCUAUAUAUAUAUAUAUAUAUAUAUAUAUAAUUAUAUAUACAGAAGGUACAACUCACACGAGUAGAAUGGGCCUCACAGUCUCCUUUCCCGCCAAAUUGCCUUUUUUGAAAACCGAGUAGGUAGAGAGCAGAAAGGCGAGGAGAGGUGGAUAAAUAAAUGAUUUUCACCAUCUAUAAUGUAUGGUGAACACCCCCCCCAGUGUUGAGGAGCCUUAUUUUGGUGCAAACUGUCUUGCUUUAUACUCUAGUGCAUCUUAUAUUGUUGUUGUUUGGAUGUUGCUGUUUUGCCUGAGUCAUUGAGUCACUCUUGGUGACUUUUCUUCUGCCAUUUCUGUUAGUUAGUUUUGGAAAGGGCAAGCUAUGACUUUUGUCACACAUGCCGAAUUGAGCCUCGGAUACACAAAUAAUGUCAUAGUACAAGCGAUUAAAAAUAGGUGAAUUAAAAUGAUUCCCCUGAUAAUAAUCCGGUAUCAAUGUUUUUUUGUUGAUGUUGUGAUAAUAUGUCCCGACUUCUCAAGUUUCACGGGUCACAUGGCCAAGCCGCAGUCUCAAAGGCCACUCUGAAAUGUUUCGUUGUAUGAAUCACCGCUUUCGGAGUGCCCUCUUCUUCCUUUUUUUGGGGGGGGGGGGGGGAUUCUGCUUUGCGUACAGCACGCUUAAAUCGGGCUUAGCUCGGCUGUUCCAACUGCUCGAAGCAGUUGAUGUCUGAUCGAUGGUGUAUUCCCACAAGGAUCGGUAAAUGCUUACCCGACUUCAAAAACAGGAAAGUGGCGGAUCACAGUGCGCUCGAUGCUCUCAGGCCCACGGCACGCGGGGGCCUUUUCUCUCCUUUUCUUUGUUUUCAAAUGGCCGCAUGGUGAAAGGCGGUUGAGAUGACGUGAACCCUCGCUCCAUCGACUAAUAUCAAUAACGGCACACUUAAAUGUAAUGGAAUUUUAUUUUUUUGUAUGCUUUGUGGAGAGAUUAGUGUAGAUAAAUAUGUAAAUGUCUAUAAAUAUCUGACUUCUAUUUUGCAAGUGCUCAAGAUGAAACUAUGUUUACAGCGACAUCAGUGAGACGGGGGGAGGAGUUGGAUACGCAAGUGUUGUAAUGUGAUGCAAUUUACUACUUUGAAUUUGAGGACAAUAAUUUGGAUCUAGCUUGGCGGUGCAUACUGUAUUUAUGAUCAAUAAAAACACGUACUAACUUUU